AUGUCUGACGUUUUAGACGAGAUUGUAAUAGAAGACGUUGUGGCAAAUUGCCCACAGGAGUUUUUGCAGUAUCACAAGUGUAUAAGGGAUAAUGAGGAUAAUCCUGGGAAAUGCCAAGAUGGAAGAUUGACGCUAUCGACGUGUAUCAGAGAGAAAGUGCCCAGUGUGAAAAGUAUCAUGAGUGAAUGUAGUGAGCCAAUGAAGAAAUACGACCAGUGUAUUCGCGAUAAUAUGGGAAGUAGAACAAUUAAUGAGAAUUGCUUAGGUUUCUUACAAGAUUUAAGGAAAUGUGCAGAAUUGCAAGUUGAAAACAAAAACAUCAAGCCUACGAUUAACGGAACGAGCUUGGAAUUAAUUAAGAAAUAA